AUGCUCAGAUUAUCCUCAAACUCCUCAGAUUAUCCUCAGACUACUCCUCAAACUCCUCAGUCUAAUCCUCAGACUCCUCCUCAGAUUAUCCUAAAACUCCUCAAACUACUCCUCAAACUACUCCUCGGUCUAAUCCUCAGACUCCUCCUCAGAUUAUCCUCAAACUCCUCAGAUUAUCCUCAAACCCCUCAGACUACUCCUCGGUCUAAUCCUCAGACUACUCCUCGGUCUAAUCCUCAGACUCCUCCUCAGAUUAUCCUCAAACUCCUCCUCAGAUUAUCCUCAGACUCCUCCUCAGAUUAUCCUCAAACUCCUCAAACUACUCCUCGGUCUAAUCCUCAGACUCCUCCUCAGAUUAUCACUUUCCAUAUAUAUAUCGAUAACUAA